ACAGACCAAUGCAUACAGUAUUCUACCGAACAUAAACAAGCGAUGGCUAAUUUAGAAAAUAACGCCUGGGUUUUCGAUUCUCUGGUCGGGUUUCUUCAUGGUCCAGUUUGGAAUGUACCAUUACAAACAUUUAUCGAAGAAAAAUCUUUGCCGUUUGAGCCAACUGAAGAUGGGCAAGUGCCUGAUAAACCCGAAUACAAGAAGAUUCAUAAUGAAUAUCGAAAUCUGGUUGACGUAAUGCUAGGAUCGUUCAUGGAGGACAUCGGCAUCACCGCGGACCAGUUCCAGGCAGCAUGUCACCUCUCGGCGCACGAUCUGGCCGGUCUACCCGCGUACUUCCACAAGCGCCUCUUCGAGCAGAUCUGGGCGGCGAACGACUACGAGAUGUUCGUCAAGAUGAUGACACACAAGAAUGUGGAACUUCAGUUACAGGCAUUAGAAUUAAUUGAGAAGAGAUAUGGCGCGAUGCCAAACUUGUACUCAUCAGAAGCGGAGGAAACGAACGCGACGAAGAGCGAUAGCGCAGAUUGGCCUGAUAAUGAUGAUGUUAUGAACGAGAUUACCAAAUUGCAACAACAAGAAAGCAUUACAACAGAAAAUUUUACAGAAGUCAAAGUUAGCCCAGACGAAGUGGUCGCUGAGAAACAGUCACUGAUAACCAAAUUACAGCAUUUAGAUAGCACCGAUAGAGAUAAUGAGAAAAAAAUCGAAAGUAACGAAGUACAAUCAUCGUCUGAAUGGAAGAAACCACCUCCUAAAGUUGAGAUAACCGAAGAAGAACUAAAAGAGCGUCAAGAAUAUUUGAAACAACAACGUGACAAAUUGUUGGCGUUGAAAAAGCAAGUGCGGGAAAAGCAACUUGGCGCCGCAGCAAGCGACAACGUUGCAUCUGCAGAGGGCGCUUCGAGCUUUGUUCCCAGACCAAAGUCGUCGCACGCCGCGAGAGCUGUGUUGAAGGGCAACGCGCCCGCACCGCCGCCAGACGCCAUGCAACUGCGAAGGGCUCUGGCUUCCAAACUAAAAGCUGAAGUAGUUGAUAAUAUGAGUUAAUUAUUGCUCAGUUACUACCGUAACAAAGGGGCAGAAAAAAAAACAAAGAUUUCGUAUCGUAUUUCCUUAUAUUUAUAUUGCUUACGUAACUAGUGACAUCAUUAUAAUAGCAUUAUAAUAAGCUUAUUUAUUUUACACAA